UCCCGCCAUUUUAUUUUUCAGAAACAAGCAGCUAGUCAGCUCGCACACAUUCAAAUAAUUGUCGCCGUACGGCCUCGGGACCCUGAGCGCACGGCCUUAAUUUUAGUGUUUGUCGACGUUCCCUCGAGUACGUUGGUCCGGGAGACCUGCACACAUCGCACGCUUCUGCUUCUGGUUCAUGGUCUGACUUUUUGUCAAGACAUUGGAGGAGAGAAGGUGAAAGAUGACGCAGUUUUUACCCCCGAACCUGCUGGCCCUAUUCGCACCGCGGGACCCAAUACCUUUCCUCUCCCAGCUCGAGAAGCUGCCCCAUGAGAAACACCACAACCAGCCUUACAGUGGCAUUGCACCGUUCAUCCGGCAUUUCGAGGAUCCGAGAGAUGCCCCCCCACCAACAAGGGCAGAGACGCGCGAUGAGCGGCUUGAGAGAAAGAGGCGGGAGAAGAUUGAGAGGAGACAAGCAGUGGUGGAGACAGAACUCAAGCUUUGGGACCCCCAUAAUGACCCCAAUGCUCAAGGGGAUGCCUUCAAGACAUUGUUUGUUGCCCGAGUGAACUAUGAUACGACCGAGUCCAAGCUUCGCCGUGAGUUUGAGGUCUAUGGCCCCAUCAAACGGAUUUACAUAGUCUACAACAAGAGGACGCAGAAGCCACGGGGCUAUGCAUUCAUUGAGUAUGAGCAUGAACGAGACAUGCACUCCGCCUACAAGCAUGCCGAUGGGAAGAAGAUUGACGGUAGAAGGGUGCUGGUUGACGUGGAACGUGGACGCACUGUCAAAGGAUGGCAACCUCGCAGGCUGGGUGGUGGAUUGGGUGGCACUAGAAGAGGUGGAGCUGAUGUCAACAUCAAGCACUCUGGCCGAGAUGAUGCAUCACGUUAUGAUGAGCGCCCCAUAGGGGGUGAUCGGGAACCCCGAGAGCGGAGGGAGCGCAGCCGGGAGCGCGACCGGGACAAGGACAAGGACAAAGACAAGGACAAGGACAGAGAGCGCCGACGGUCCCGAUCCCGUGAACGCCGUCGACGUACUCGAUCUCGGGAGCGAGAGAGGGAAAGAGAGAGACCUAUUGGUGGAGGAGGAGGUGGUGGAGGAGGAGGAGGAGGAGGAGGAGGAGGAGGAGGUGGUGGUGGUGGAGGAGGAGAUGAGGUUGUCAGCGGUAGUGGUGGUGGUACCCGGCGUAGAGAGCGGGAGAAGGACCGUGGGGUGGCAGCUGGAGGAGACAGCAGAAGUAGGGAGAGGAGUCGAGAACGGAAGAGAAGGAGCAGGAGCAGGGAUCGCAAGAGAGACCGGGAGAGAGGCAAGGGGCUGGAUGGGGAGGAUGUCAGUCAGGCAGAAGGUGCCCCUGAAGGAGGUGAGCGAAUGCUGGAGGAAAAUGAAGGAGAAGUGGGGGAGGGCAAUGAGGAGCGUAGGGACAGGGACAGAGACAGGGACCGCAGGCGCAGCCACAGGGACAGAGAGAGGCGCAGGGGGGACCGGGACCGAGACAGGGAACACAAGAGGGAGCGGGGGGAGAGGGAGCGGGGGGAUCGCAAAGAGGAGCGUCACGGCUCCCUACGAGACGACAUGGGCCCCCAAGAUGACCAGGGCAAUGAGGAGGAGGGAGGAGCGCCGCCACACAUGGAGGAGUACAGUCAGGAUGGGAUGAUGGACCAGCAGUCGGUGCCGUCGGCUGAUGGCUAUGGCUCCAGUGAAAAUGGCUACAAGAUGGAGGCCCCAGGAGACGAGUACUGAGACGCUCCCUCUCCCAUUCAUUAAUAAGUUGUUUCAUACUAUACUUUAAAUCUGCCCGUAACUUUUUACCAAGACACAGGAAGUCUGAAUGAUGUCAGGGCCUCUUCAGCACCAGACAUCUAGCUAGCUUUCCUCCUAUCUGUCAAAAUUCUGUUUAAAUAUUCCUCUUCAUCCUAUUGCACGCACAGCUGAUGCAUAUAACGAUUUGGUCUCACAGAAGUUGCAGCUUUCCUGCAUUGCCCAACUAAUCCGUGCCACUAAAUGUUAUCAGAUGACUUUUUACUUGAUUCACUCUAGAAAUAUUUUUCUUUCUUUUUCCACAUGGCUUGGGAUGAACUGUAGAAACACAAGCUCUAUUCAUUUUUAGAAGGGUAGAGUCUUGUCUUUUAUUUCCAGAUUCAUAAAACAGUUAGAUUGUAUGCUCAUUUGGAAGUGACAUAUUUCCCCUCAAUGUAUGUGAAAUUGAUGGAGAUGUAGUAUUGUGUGACAAUUGAGGGCUGUUCUGUUUAUUCAUUCUGGAAUAAAGUUUUUUUUAAAUUA